AUGUUGCUAUAAUUAAACUAUCGCAAGUCAAAGCUGGGAAGCAAGGAUUAUUUAUAACACAAUUAUACACCGACAGAAACGAUAUACUUAACCUGUGGCAUCACGAAUUUGUUGGGUCUUAUCAUCGGUUAUUAGUGCGUUAUUUCUAUACGCGCUCACACGUAUGUACGCGUCUAUUGUUGUCAUUGACCAAGUUAGUAUCUGCAUUGUUCCGAUAAAACAUUUUUGUGGCGAGUAAGUACUCCACAGCUUUAAUUGUGCGCGCGCAGUACAUCAGUCAUCAGUGAUAUCGUCGGGAGUCGGGACGUUGGGUCAGGCGGAGGUCGAGGAAAAUGUUUUGGAGUACUUGAAACGGCUUGAAGGUCAGAGUUGCGGAGUUAAAGCCGUUUUGACAAGACUGCUCUUAGAGAAGAUUUAGUAAGUUAUAAGGUUACAAUAUAGGUAUAACACUUGCUGCAAUCAGUUUCCUGUUGUUUGUUGUGCAUACAUGUACAGUAGCGUCGGCGGCGCCAUCACCACCAGAUCACCAAUCACAUAUCAAGUAUAUUGAAGUGUAUUCACGAUCACGUAUCGUCUGUGUGUGUGCAGUGUAUGAAUGUAACAGAUAGGGUGGGUGUGCGUGUGCGGGUUUGGAACUUGGAAGUUGAUAGUGAGUGCGCGAGGCGAAGACGUAUACGUAGAUAGAGAGAGAGUAGAAGCAGAACCAGCCAAGGAGUAGGAAGCAUGGCCGAAGCCAUUGUAGACGGUACUUCGUCGAUGAGCCGAUUUUUUUGCCACCGCUGCAGCGUCGAAAUCGAGCACUUGCUACCGGAUUACACAUGUCCAAGAUGUUCCACCGGGUUCAUCGAAGAGCUAGAGAGAGGCAGUGCAGGCAACAGAUCUUCAGCUGACAUUGAUAUGCAAGACCUUAGCGACAUAGAGGUCGACGUUACUGGCCUCGAUGAUUUAAAUCAUUUUGAUUUACCAUUCACGCUAUUGAGAGCAGCUCAGGCUGCCUCAAGAAACUCAAGUGGUCGGGGCAACAGUAUUAGAUCUGGAAGUGGGUCCACAUCGAGAAACACAAGGAAUCAACAACAGCCACAAGUAGGAAUACCACCACAAAUAGAUAGUUUAAUACAAGACCUGUUCCUCAAUCUUUCUAGUUUUGGAUUCAGUUUUCCACAAGGGCAGGGAGGUCAAUCUGUACUGUUCAUGGGCAAUCCAGGAGAUUAUGUAUGGGGCCAAAACGGAUUGGAUUCUAUUGUCACUCAACUUUUAAAUCAAAUGGAUGGAACUGGUCCUCCGCCACUACCAAAAAAACAAAUUGACGAAAUCCCUACCGCAACAAUAUCACAACCACAAGUUGACAGCAAACUACAGUGCUCAGUGUGCUGGGACGAUUUUGUUAUACAUGAGGCUGUCCGAAAACUUUCUUGUCAACAUUAUUACCAUGAACCCUGUAUCAUUCCUUGGCUUGAAUUGCAUGGAACUUGUCCAAUAUGCAGACAAAGUUUAGGAGAUCAAACAACCAGUGAAGCAAAUCAAGAUACAGUGGGACCAAGUUUAGCUGCAUUAUUCAGAGCUGCUGAUGAAUCCAGUAGUGGUAGAACAUCUUCGACAUCAAUGGGAAACAAUUCUAGAAACGACACACCAAAUAAUUCUUGAAACUAAUUUUCAAAUCGAAUUUUUUCACCUGAAUUCUUAAUUAACUUUUGUUCUUUCGAAAGAGUUGCGUUUCUAUGGUAUAAUAACUUUUUGUGAUUUGAAACAUCAUUUUGCAUGAGAACUGUUGUAUUCACAUUUAACUUUUGGCAAAGGACAAUCAAAUUCAACCAUGUUGUUAUUCAUUUAUGUACUAGAUUAUUUUAAGAAGAUUUUUGAAUUAAACACUUUUUUCCGUAUUUUAUUAAUAGCAACAAAUGAGUAUAACCAUUCAAUUUUAAUGCAACUGAAAUUAAUUGACUGGAUGUAAAUCAAAUUCUUUUAUCAUUAUCUAGGAUAGCAAAGCGACUUAUAUUCCUGAUAAUCUUGUAUUAUUCUAAAAUCAAUUUAAAGUUAGUUUUUUUAUUUGUUCAAGUUGAAACAUUCUACAUAAUUUUUUUAAUUAAGAAAAUUUUUUUUUUCUAUUGAUGUAUGUUGAAAUUGUUUAUUUUUGCUGCUUUGCCAACAGACUGUUUUACAUGGUUCUCACAACUUAUCAGUAACAAUAACGUUUCUCAACUAAGCUAAUUUUAAGCUAUGAUCGACAUUAAAUGUAUGAUGAAAAAGGCAUGGAAAUGCGUUGAAAGUGACGUGAAUUAAGUGUAUAUUCUAUAUACUAAGAACCUGUAAAUAUUCUGCUUUAAUUUGCAAACUAAAUAAGAACCUUAAAAUGUACCUCGAUGCUUGUUUGUAUAAAAAUGUAAAGUUACAAAAAAUAGUUCUUGCUUAAAAGCAAUCAGAUCAUCCAUCGAAGUAACGUACUACAAUGGCUUCGGUUUGGUACUAUUCAAAUAAAACAAAAUGUAAAGAGGGUAAAUCGCAUUGCUCCCAACAAAGUGCAAUGUUAGUUUCAAUAUUAUGUAUGAAUUUGUGAAGUGUAUUGCAUCUUAUAAAAACAUACAAGUUUUUAACUACAAGCAAAAAAUAACACUAUAUAUUAAAAAAAAUUUCAUGGCAACCAUAAUUACGGUAAAUAAAAACAAUUUUGAAAAGAAUAAAACUACUUCAAUUACUAAAUACUAGAGAUGGAAUAUUUACUAUGCAAUAAUACACCUUUGGUCUUGAACUGAUGUUUUUGUUGUGUAUUAGAGCUUUUGUAUAAAAACCAGUAGAGAAGUGAAUGAUUAUCCAGCACAAAAAUUUCGUUAGGCUGAUGCAUGAUGUGCAACUUAUGUAUUUUUCCGUUUUUGUCCUUAAACUAGGAACUUUUUUCAUCAGCCUUUUUCAUUCUUUGUUACAUAAUAAUAAAGUUACAAUGUUAUUUGACACCUGCUUUAUAUAGUUUAUAAAUGUAUGAAUUAGUAAAAUGAUAUAAAUUGCAUAUUUAUUCCGAAA